AUGAUUAGAUUUGCAGGCAGAAAUUUGCAGACCCUUGGAUCGAGGGUUCGCCGUAGUAGGCUGGCAUCGACACUGGCCUUUGUCGAGACAACCAAGGAGGGUGCCAUCGUUCCGUCUUCGUUGAAUGCAUUGGCUGCUGCUCAGCAGUUGGGGAACAAUAUCACUGCUCUAUUGCUUGGCCCGCAAGCUACUUCUGCCGCUUCUGUAUUGAAAUCUUCAGUGCAAUGCACUAAGUUGAACAAGGUGCUGGUCUCCGAUGAAGUGAAGUACGAACAUUAUUUACCCGAGAAGGUGACUCCGCUAUUGGUUAACUUGUUGAAAGACGAAGAGUACUCUCAUUUCGUCGUCGCCAGCUCUGCAGUUGGUAAAAACUUGUUACCUCGUGUCGCCGCUUUACUGAACUACCAGCCUGUUUGUGAUAUCACCAAGAUUAAGGACGCAAAGACCUUUGUUAGACCCAUUUAUGCCGGUAAUGCUAUUGAGACCGUCGAAAAUACUCAGUCCAUGGCUCUGGUGAGCGUGAGAGCUUCCGCCUUCGAAGCAGUUCCUGAAGGGUCGAGCGAAUCUGCUGUUAUCGAGCAAAUCUCCCUCUCAGAUGGCUCCACCGAUCUCGAUGUCCAAUGGCAGAGUGCAAAUCUCGUUAAGAGUGCAAGACCAGAUCUUUCCUCGGCUUCGACAAUCGUGGCGGGAGGUCGUGCGUUGAAGGACAAAGAAACUUUCGACAAACUACUCGUGCCGCUAGCAGACGCUCUAGGGGCUGGCAUUGGUGCCACCAGGGCGGCCGUCGACAGCGGUUUUUGUGAUAAUUCGCUGCAAAUCGGUCAAACUGGUAAGGUUGUUGCGCCCGAGCUGUACAUCGCUGUGGGUAUCUCGGGUGCCAUCCAACAUUUGGCUGGUAUGAAAGACUCAAAAAAGAUCGUUGCGAUAAACAGCGAUCCUGACGCUCCCAUUUUGAAAGUGGCAGAUUACGGUUUGGAAGGCGAUCUGUUCGAAAUUGUUCCGCAGCUUACUGACAAGUUGAUGCAAGCACGUAAGUAA